AACAGAAUCGUUCGUCCGUCAGUCUCGCAGCUGCCCGGAAAGCUAGUUUUAGACAGCUGGCUAGCCAAGGAAAUACCAGCAAAUCGUUGAUUAGCUAAUGUAUUUAGCUACACUAUUUACAAAAGUAGCGGGAUCAUAUCCAGGAUAAGCAGCGAGUGGAGGAAAUAAAUGUCAACUGGCAGAUUAGAGAUGGAAGGAGACGACUGCAGUUUUCCUCCAGACUCGUCAGAUGACCACUCACAAAGAGGAAGUGUUGCUUCUUCUGCAACACUUUCCCGUGCUCAAGAUGUACUUAUAUACCUGUUUGGUGACAGUGCAGUCCACUUAUCUGUAGAAGGGCUUGGCAGUAUCACUGUGCAGGAGCUGGGCCGCAGUGUUCGUGAGGCUCUCCAUAUUCCUGAGUCUGCACAGGAUGCUUUUGCCUUCUGGUUGUGUUCUCCACUGCUGGAAUUGCAGUUAAAGGUGAGGCAUCAACCAUACAAACUGUGUCGGCAGUGGCAGGACCUGCUGUAUCGUUUCACUGAGGCCUCUGAGGAAGACAUUUCACAAGAUGAGCCAUUUCUCCAGUACAGACGGAAUGUGUUUUAUCCUAAAUCUAAAGAGCUGCAGCUCGAUGAUGAAGGAGUGCUGAAACUUCUGUAUGAGGAGGCCAGGAGCAACAUCCUCACAGGUCGAUACCCCUGCGAUCCCGAGCACUGGAUGGGUCUUGGAGCCUUGUCUUUUGCUAUUGAUGAGGGAUCUAGUCUGGACAGCCAACAGUUUACUUCUACCAUCAGAGAGAAGAAGCUGUCCUCUUUUCUGCCUGCACAUGUUGCCAUGGGGGGUGGAGGUCUCCUCUCCACUCUGAGGGGGAAGUCGAGCCGUCAGGCCGGGCUGGAGCAGAACCUGUUGGGGGAGUACAGAAAAAUCAGCACAUCUGCCGCAAGCCCUCCUGAGCCCACACAGCUCCUACACCAGUACCUCAACACAUGUCACACUCUGCCUUAUUAUGGGUGUGCUUUCUUCUUUGGGGAGAUUGACAAACCAGCGCAAGGGAUCCUCCAGAGGGGAAAACGCAAAGCUGUCAACAUCGGGAUCUGUCUGGAGGGAGUUUAUGUGAUGGAUGUCAAAGAGAAGCAUGUCCUGCUCGGCCUGCGUUUCAGUGAGCUCUCCUGGGACCACAGCCACCCGGAGGAGGAGGGGGACUCGCACAUUCUGUGGCUGGAGUUUGAUGGAGAGGAAGACGGUACUCCUGUCAACAAGCUGCUAAAGAUCUACUCAAAACAAGCAGAGCUAAUGAGCGGCUUCAUUGAGUUCUGUGUGGAGCUGAAGUCUGCGUCGGAGGGAGGCGCUGCGGCUGACACGGACGGCGAGGUGAGCCAGUCUCCGCAGCCCGCCAGGAAAGACGACAGCAACAAGAAUGGACGUGGAGGACGGCGCGGGAUGCUGCACAGACAAAGCAGUGUUGUGUGCAGUCGGGUCCAUUCACUUAACACUAUCAGCUACGUGGACAACGGAAAAGAAAUCAAACGCUUGAAACCAAAAAGAGCCGCGUCCUUCUUCACCCGACAGGCGUCUGCACCCACGUACUCUGCAGUGCAAGUGACAGAGAGUCUGGAGCAGGGUUAAACUCACAGAGCGGCUCUGCCCCGUUCCUCUCCAAGACCAAACCUGAACAUUUUACACUGAGAUUUAAAGAAAAGACUUGAUAUGAGUUUGAGACAUUUAACUGAUAAUAUAUGAACAUGCAAAGGACCAAGCGAGGGAUCUAAGUGCGUGUGACAAUAUUUAUCUUCUGAAGUUGUGUAUAUUAAGGGAGUGCAGCAAUGUGAAAAAACAAAAAGAUCUUUUAACACCGAUGCUUCCAAGGUUAAACUGAAGUGGCUGUUCAUUAGACGGCCUUAAAGAAAAUAUUCUGAUCACCAUAUGACGGACCUCCUUUAUAAGUCUGAGACAAGCCUUAGAGAAACCCUCAGACGAUGACUGUGUGAUAUCUCGUGACCUUUCUGCAGCACUCUGGAGGCAGUUUUACUGCUAUUACUCAAGAACUUUAAACCUCAAAAGAGUAGAACCACUGCAUUACCUCUUUUUACUUUAACUCUUCUUGGGGAUUGAACACCAAGAAUGUUUCAGUACAUCCCCUUUAUAACAUUAACCAUCCUGCUCAGAACUGCAUGAGUUAGCACAAACUCUUUACAGUCAGCAGGGGACGAUCUGAGGGCGUGUUCCCACUAUUCUGCUUUUUUAAACUGCCAGUGCCUUGUUCUAAUGAAAGGGUGAAGCCACUUUAAAAAAGUACUUAGUACUUAGUGCUUGGUGUUACGGAUCAUAAAAAGUCUGUAUGGGAGCUCACUGGCUGUGUUGUGGAGGUUUCUUGUAAGUACAUGUACUUAAGAGUUUAACAUGAUUAAUAUUUGCUGAUAUUUGCAGCUAGUUACCGUGGAGAAACAAUGCAGGUGGUACAUCACACAUUUAAAAAAGAACUUUUAUUUGUAAAAGCGGGAAAAGUGUGAAUUUGGUGCAAACGUGUAAAAUAACAGGAUAAAAUAAUAUUUAAAGUGUUUUACAGCAUCCAGGUGUAAAAGCCAAAAUUGCACGUUCACAGUAUCAAGUGCUCAUCGAGAGCUGAAGCUGAUUUACACCAACCAAAGGAUCAGAUCAGUCAGUAAGUUAGUAAAAAGAACUAAAUAUGAAUGUACUGUACCAUGCUGCUACUUCUACCACUAAAUGAUCUGCAGUUAUCCAGUUAAAACAUAUCACAUUCAAAGUUAAACUUGUAAAUCAGAACCAUCAGUACAAGUGACAUCCAGGCACAGGUCUGGACUCGACUGUCACCUGCUCAAUCAGAUCUGAUCAGCAAAGUACGAACUGAUGCAAUAUCGUACUUGUGCAACUUCUGACAUGAGAGAGGCUAAAAUAAGACAAACCUGUUUAACUGUGAUCCGCUGUGCUCUACACAAGCAAAUUCAAACUGCAACUUAAAUGUCUAAGUUUCGGUUAAUGAUUGUUUUCCUCGCAAACACAAUCAUGGUCGACAUUAUUUGAAAGAAGACAGGGAACACUAUCUUUGUGUGAUGUUGCUGACACCUUGUUUUCAGCUUUGUGACAAUGCAUUUUUAAAUACUCCAGUGGGUUUAUUCAGGAGAAACCAAGUUAACUAGUGAUGGAAGAAAGUAGAAUUUUCUCAACCCAUGAAGAAACAUUUAAUGCUUCAGUUCAUCCGAUAAAUUAGAAAUCACUUUAUCCUGAGAUGGUUUUCACCGGACUGUGACAGUCUGCUCUGAGCAUAUGACACGGACCUUUUUCGACUAUGCUGUUGAAAUCUCCGUCUGUACACCAAAGCAAGCCUAUCUAACAUGCUGCAACACAGAAUACUACCUUAACGCUCCAGAGACAGAAUUCAGAUGUUGCCGCAGGUGUCUCUCCGAACAUCACACCAACCCAGACACAGGCAGUUCCUGUCUCUGCUGCACGAUUAACAAACGCGGCCACCUCACUAACGGCCAUCGAAGAAGUUAUACAGCUGUAUAACACUGCCAUAUGUCCUGUUUUGAGAUGCGGUGCCAUCAUGUGUUCUUCCUGAUUAUCCUGAGCAUGUAAACUGCAAAAUGUCUUUCCAUUUCUAUGCUUUUGACUCGUACGUCAGCAACUGUCUGUCCCCUAACUGCAGCAGUAUAUUGUUGCUAAUGUACACUAUGCAUGUCACAUUGUAGACUAGGCAUUCCGACAGACAUCAUGUGAUACUGCACUAUUAAUACUAAUACACUGUUUAUAAAUAUUUUACAUCUG